UCGAGCAGGAUGACAUGUGCACAGUUUGUCUUCUGUCUGACAUGUUUGUUCUUGGGGAGAAUGGUUCAGGCGACUGAUCAGAAAUUCUCCUCAUCUGUUCGUCAAGAGAGAAGUUUUGUAUCAGCUAAUGUUGGUGAAAGCUUGACUUUACAAUGUUUCUUUGACAAUGCUGAUUUACCAAGGAUUUACUGGUACAAGCAAAGUGUGGGACAGAAACCACGGCUCCUCUCGACCCUUUAUGCUUCUAAUACAAAUGGAAGUUUUCAUGAUGAAUUCCAGAAUAAUCCACGUUUCACUCUGGACACUGGAACCGGUAAAAAUCACUUACAAAUAACAGAUCUGCGUAUAUCAGACUCAGCCACUUACUACUGCGCCAAAAAAAAUUCACUUGUAAUUGAAUUUGCUGAGGGAGCUACUGUCAGUGUGAAGGGUUCAGGUUUGAACAUCCAGGCUUCGGUCCAUCAGUCAGGGUCUGAGACCAUCCAGCCAGGAGGCUCUGUGACUCUCAACUGUACAGUACACACUGGGACCUGUGAUGGAGAACACAGUGUUUACUGGUUCAAAGACUCUGAAGAAUCUCAUCCAGGACUCAUUUACACUCAUGGAGACAGGAAUGAUCAGUGUGAGAAGAAACCUGAGACACAAACACAAACCUGUGUCUACAACUUGCCCAUGAAGAGCCUGAAUCUUUCUCAUGCUGGGACCUACUACUGUGCUGUUGCCUCAUGUGGACACAUACUGUUUGGAAACGGGACCGAGCUGGACGUUGACGAUGAGGAACACUCUCUUGUCUUGGUGUAUUUCUUGAGCGGAGCUUUGGCGUUCACCACCAUCCUGGUUGUUUUACUGGCUUCCUUAAUUUACAAGAUGAAGAAAACAAACAGCUUCCUAUCAGAGACACAAACAAGAUCUUCAUCCUCCAGAGCAGAUGCAGAGGGUUACCGAGAUGCAGACAAUCUCCAUUACGCUGCCUUAAAUGUGAAACUGCCCAACAGAUCAAGCAGACAGAGGGACAACGCCAAGACUGAAUGUGUGUACUCCAGUGUUAGGCAGUAGAACUGGACGUGUUUCAUUUCUACUUUGUGAGUAAAAUGGAGAAUUUGCAGAAUCUCUUUUAGUGUGUAAUGUACAUUUAUCUGUAGAUAUUGAGAUAAAUAUCUGUUAAUAUUCGUCUUGUGGUGUGGGACGUGUAAAGUUUCAGAUAUGGAUAAAGAACAACCCAAAUAUGCUGAAAGAGAAGCUGAUGAAUAAAUUCAUGUUUGUGGAGAUGAUGAAUAUCUCAUAGUCGUAUAUGCAUAAUAGUACACAAUUUUGUCACAGUAAACACCUGCAGUUAAAUACCAUGUAGUGUUAUAAAUAAAA